AUGUCCCACAUAAUACCCAAUCACAUUCUCAGGGUGGGUCAGAGUACCCGGCUGGACUCUGCUCAUGAGGCGGCUCUAGGGUGCAGUCCGAGCGCCAUGAUGGACCCUAACGGGGGUUGCAGUGAGCAGGACGAUCUGGACAUCUCCCUAGAUAACCUGAACCAGCUCAUUCUGGAACUGGACCCCACGUUUGAGCCCAUCCACAUCAACAAGAGGUCCCAGUCUAGCAGCCUCCACACAGGUAGGAAAAUGAGUGAGAGAGCGUAUAAAGCCCAAUAGUUAUUCAUAUGCUGUGAUAUAGGCCUAUUUACUUUAUACAGUACAAGCGCACAUGCUUUAUUUAAACUGUAGUUUAUCUACAUAUAAAACAAUAUAUAUUUCUACGUAGACCUGUCAGGAGGCCUACGCCUACUGAAUUACUUUCGGUCAUUCAAUUCAACAGUUUUGAACAUUGAAACAUUUCCAACUUAGUCAAUGAAGAGGUUCAGACCUAGGGUACUUUUCCGUGUAAAAAAACAGCGGUUAGAAACAUCUGCAGGUACGUUGGCUGGAGAUCAAGCCUGAGAACCUUGAAUAACAACUUCCAUUGUUCCCCAUUCAUGUACUCAUGGCCCGGGGCUAUGUAAAAAUCCACAUCAGUUUAAUGUUACAAAAUAGAGUACAUUUGUCUGGGGUUACUGCCCAGACAAAAAAACAUACCACACCCAGAACAUCUGAGGCAGACACACAAUGGUGCUUUAAAUACUGUCAACCUUUUCAACAGUCAUUGCCUGACAUGGUCUGAACAACUGAAAAACAGAAUAGAGCAGAACUCCAUAUAUAGAAGUAUUCAUUCUUAGAAAACCAAAGAGCAAAUGGCGUGGGAUGUACUGAAUGAGGUCACAGUAAUUGUGAUGGAUAUAGUUACUGUUACUACCUACUCAUCAAUGGAUCUCCCCCUUAGUAUUAGUCACCUUUCCACGUCAACUCUAGUCACUACAUCACACUGACCACAGGAUACCUCACCUCAGCGGCAUGGGGCAACAGACUUGCCUAUUUCAAUAGGUCUCUGCCGUUACUGACAGGCAGGUAGAUCAUACAGUCAGCAAUAAUUUUUUUGGGACAAGUUGAAACUUCUCUAGAAAUUCUCCAUGGCAAAGCACUGUAUUCUCAUCAUCACAGCAGGAACACAGUGUUUGCUUGGUGUAUUUGAAUAGGCAGGGUUGGGACUCUCUUGAACAAGUAAAAGCCUGCAUGACGUGGAGGAAUUUCAACCUUAUAUCUUUAGCCUCACAGGAAAACACUUGUGUGGUAUACACUGAGUGUACAAAACAUUAAGAACACCUGCCCUUUCCAUGACAUAGACUGACCAGGUGAAUCCAGAUGAAAGCUAUGAUCCCUUAUUGAUGUCACUUGUUAAGAAUGGUCCACCACCCAAAGGACAUCCAGCCAACUUGACACAACUGUGGGAAGCAUUGGAGUCAACAUGGGCCAGCAUCCCUGUGGAACGCUUUCGACACCUUGUAGAGUCCAUGUCCCGACGAAUUGAAGCUGUCUUGAGGGCUAAAGGGGAGGGCAACUCAAUAUUAGGAAGAUGUUCUUAAUGUUUGGUAUACUCUGUGUAGUAUUGACAUAAUAAAGCCACGCCCAUCUAAUACAGACACAAUGCCAUAGAAGGGAAAGGAAUGGGAUGUAUGAGUGUGUACACAUAUGAGAUUAAAUAAGUCUCCACGAUCUGCUCUGACUGUAUAGUAUGAGUAUGUGGCACUUGAAGACAUCUAUUUCAACAUUUCUCAUUCAUAUUACUGGGAAGGAAACGUUUAAGACCUUCAACUUUAAAUGUGUGUACUUCUCGUAAAUGACUGUAUGUUAGAAACACAAGGAGAAAAAAAUACCACGAAUUGGGUGACUUAUUGCUCGCAGAAUAGGGAAGUUCAGUUCAUUCAUUGCUUAAGCCACUGAAUAUACAGUACCUUCCUCACUCUGAUGUUCUUCCUCUCUCCUCUCAGAUAACAUAACGUUAACAAUAUAAGAUUGCAUAGACCUAUUAGGUUUUACAUUCCCUUUAUUUAUUCGAUACUUAACACCAUUUGCUCCAACUUCCCUCUGGCAUUCUCCCUCUCUCCUCUCCAGUUGACUUCUCCUCUCCAGAUGAAGAUGUCUCCAGAUGUGUGCUCGUCCCCAGAGGCUGUUCUCCAAGGAACAUCUCCACCUCCUUCUCCUCCAUCUCCCCCUCCUGCAGCAUUCCCAUCCCACUGUCCCCUGCUUCUGGCUCCAGGUGCAGCCCCCAAAGCUCCCUGGUGUUCUCUGAUGCCUCCUCUCGCCCCCCACUGCCGUGUGGAAGUGUCCUCCGCCGGCAGCAGCCCUCAAUGCAGGGAGGCGAGGUGGGCAUGUGUUCAUCCCCAGGCACCCUGCGCAUGUCACACUCUCACAGGAACAGUGCCGUCUCCAUGCUCUCCACGUCCCCCGGCUCAGAAACCAGCUACAUGAUGGGCAGGUCAGACCCCUUCACACUGUGUUAAUACAUGCUUUUGGAAAUGACUUUAAUAUCUGAGUUAGAUGCAAAUAUAAUGGCAAGUUAGACCAGUCAUGACUCCAUAGAGCAACACUAACUGGUGUUGACACUUGAAAGCUCAACCAAUGCUCUGUCUGGACUCUACAGCGCCGUAAACAUCUUCUCUCUUCAACUCAUCUCUCUUCCACAGCUAUCAGUCCUUGCUCAGUGACAGUGAAGGCGACAGCCCCGAGUCUCUCCUCCUCUACCGCACAUCCAGCUCCUUCAGCGACGUGUCCAGGUCCUCGACCAGGCCGUUCACCAACAGGCAGAGCCCAGACAAGCCCUCGCCGACCGGCCCAUCACCACUCGGCCACUUCCAGGGGAUCCACAGCAGCCCUCACAGCAGUCCUGCCUCCCUGGCCGGCUCCCUGACGGACAUCCCUGUGGUGUUGGUCAACGGAGCGCCAGAGCGGGAGCUCAGCCCCCAGUCACCUCCAGAGGCAAUGGUCCCAGACAUACAGAUCAAGCAGAGGCCCAGCUCCAGGCCGUCCUCGCCAUCUCCCUCUAACUGUGAGUCCUGAUGAUGAUGAUCCUCGUCAAUCUGUUUCAAAUUUAAAAUCUCUGUCCAGUGCCCUCUGCUGGGAAAAAGGUUUGUGCGUAUUCAAUAAUAAAAUAAUGUGCAUUUCAUUUUCAUGGUCCCUCAGCUUUCCAAGGCCAUUUCCAAGGCAACCAGCACUCCAUGAAGUUUGUCAUGGACACCUCCCAGUUCUGGUUCCGCCCACACAUCAACAGAGUUCAGGGUAAGCAUUUUGAGAAGAAAUGAGGAGCCAAUAUAUUUGGCCACAACUGUAUAUACUUUGUUGCAUUUUAGCUGAGCUGUGUCUGUGGUACCUGUGUGAUUGUAGCUGAGGCCAUAGUGAUAGACAAGGAGCCGGGGACCUUCGUGGUGAGAGACAGCACGUCCUUCAGAGGCUCCUUCGGGCUUGCUAUGAAGGUGGACCAGGUCAAUAUAUCCCCUACUGGCCAACCAGGUAAACAAUCCUUAAGUCCUUCUCAGUACAACACUGCUGCUCAGAACAACCACACACACACCACAUCACACAGUCCUUUAAACAUAGUAUACAACUAAAGCACACUAAAUGCCAGGAUCAACACCAGUGUGUCCUGAAAUGACCUGAUAGGACUUACCUAACUCUCGCUGCUGCUGACUUGAGUUGGCAUGUCUGUCUGUGUUUAUCCUGAAAUCUGUGGUGUAACCCGAGACCGCACUUUACUCAUAAUGUCUAACUCUGUGGCAGUGCAAACACUCAAUAGCAUUUGAUUACCGGGAUGUUAUCAUAGUGUUUAAAUCUUGGCUUCUUAUAUCAACAGUAACUAUUAUCAAUAUUACAGUAUUAUCACAACACCACAUCAUCAACAAUACCACAGUAGAACCAAAGGCAUCUGUCAGUAUGUGAUCUAACUGUCAUAUCUCAUACCAGCUUCGUUUACAGAUUCGUUUAGCUACUACACUGCUUAUCUGCCUUGUCUCUUUUCCUGACUCUUGGCUUCUUUAUUGUAGCGGAGGGCAGCUCAGAGCUCGUGAAGCACUUUCUCAUUGAAUCGUCAGCCAAAGGCGUCCGUAUCAAGGGCUCUUCACAGGAACCAUACUUUGGUAAGAAGUAGGCUAUGUUAACUUUGUUCAUUCAUAGCGUGACAAGCUAUCAAUCCCACACUUCUUUGUUUACCAUGAACGAACAAUCUGUCAAUCGAACGUCUUGACAAAAGGCUCACACCCUGGUUUAGGAGAAGUAUGACUCACACCCUGGUUUAGGAGAAGUAUGACUCACACCCUGGUUUAGGAAUCACAAGACUUGAGUCAGCCAUGUCUGGUCGGUCUGCUGACAACUGGGAGGCAGAGGGAUGGAGCUGUUUGCUUUUCAGGGCUCUGAGAGAUGUGAGCUUCUAUCCUAUGUCCUGUAAGAAAGUAUGAAAGUAGAUUAGAUUUAUAUUGGCUGUACCACAUCUCAAACAAUCACACUACAGAAUAAUAAAAAACAAAGUUGGGUCUGAUUGUGAUAAUAAUAUGCCAUUUAGCAGACACUGUUAUCCAAAGCGACUUACAGUCAUGCGUGCAUACAUUUUUUGUGUAUGGGUGGUCCCGGGGAUGGAACCCACUACCUUGGCAUUACAAGCGCCGUGCUCUACCAGCUGAGCUACAGAGGGCCACUAAGCUAUGGAGAUCUUAAACACACUUGUUGUUGCCUUGGAUCAUCAAGGCUACUCUGGGGAAUGGAUGUAAAGCCACGACUCAGAAAGAUCAUCCAUGCCCUCUUGUGGACAUUCCUUGAAACAACAUUAAUACUUUAUCAUUUGACAUGUACAGUGCCUUCGGAAAGUAUUCAGACCCCUUGACUUUUUCCACAUUUUGAUACGUUACAGGCUUUUAGAAAAUGUUGCACAGUUAUUAAAAAACUGAAAUACCUUAUUUAUAUAAGUAUUCUGACCCUUUGCUAUGAGACUCGAAAUUGAGCUCAGGUGGAUCCUGUUUCCAUUGAUCAUCCUUGAGAUGUUUCUACAACUUGAUCGGAGUCCACCUGUGGUAAAUUCAAUUGAUUGGACAUGAUUUGGAAAGGCACACACCUGUCUAUAUAAGGUCCCACAGUUGACAGUGCAUGUCAGAGCAAAAACCAAGCCAUGAGGUCGAAGGAAUUGUCCGUAGAGCGCCGAGACAAUAUUGUGUCAAGGCACAGAGAAACAAGAUUCUCUGGUCUGAUGAAACCAAGAUUGAACUCUUUGGCCUGAAUGCUAAGCGUCACGUCUGGAGGAAACCUGGCACGAUCCCUACGAUGAAGCAUGGUGGUGGCAGCAUCAUGCUGUGGGGAUGUUUUUCAGCGGCAGGGACGGGAGACUAGUCAGGAUCGAGGCAAAGAUUAACGGAGCAAAGAUCCUUGAUGAAUACCUGCUCCAGAGCGCUCAGGACCUCAGACUGGGUCUACUUCCAACAGGACAACGACCCUAAGCACACAGCCAAGACAACACAGGAGUGGCUUCAGGACAAGUCUCUGAAUGUCCUUGAGUGGCCCAGCCAGAGCCAGGACUUGAACCCGAUCAAACAUCUCUGGAGAGACCUGAAAAUAGCUGUGCAGCAAUGCUCCCCUCUAACCUGACAGAGCUUGAGAGGAUCUGCAGAGAAGAAUGGGAGAAACACCCCAAAUACAGGUGUGCCACGCUUGUAGCGUCAUACCCAAGAAGACUCGAUGCUGUAAUCGCUGCCAAAGGUCCUUCCGCAAAGUAAUAAUAAUAAUAUGCCACUUAGCAGAUGCUUUUACUGAGUAAAGUGUCUGAAUACUUAUGUGAAUGUGAUAUUUCAGUUAUUUAUUUUAAAUUAGCAAACAUUUGUCAUGAUGGGGUAUAGUGUGUAGAUUGAUGAGGAAAAAAACAAUUAAAUCAACUUUAGAAUAAUGCUGUAACCUAACAAAAUGUGGAAAAGUCAAGGGGUCUGAAUACUUUUAGUUAAAACAACUGGGACUGUGUUUUUUAUCCCCUUGCAGGUAGUCUGUCUGCCCUGGUCUUCCAACACACCAUCACUGCCUAUGCCCUACCCUGCAAACUUCUGCUCCAGUCACAUGGUGUGCUAUAAUAAUGUAACAGAUAGCCUACAUCUAUUAAGCAACAAGCCACUGAUGAUUAUGAUUACAUAAAUUGUAUGAUGAUGUGAAAAAUAGCAUAUUCCACAUAUAAGACUACCUUUUUAUUUCUAAACCAGGCAAUUCAAUAGUAUCUGUUUGGUCUACAGAGCUGAACAAAGGAGAGGAGGGAACAAAUGACAGGUCAGCACCAGAAGACAAGGCCAAGACAGGUGAGAAUUGUGCACCCACAUUUCAUCAAUAGGUUAUCUAGUUGUGGUGUCAAUUUGCCAAUCAGCUAGCUAGUUUUAUAUUCUUCUUUCUCUAAAGAAUAACUUGCAUCAACAUCAUAUCUCAUGAACAAGGUUGGUAGGCCUACCCUUACAAAAAAAGAUUGCAGUUUUGAAACUGCAAUAAAAGUGCAGAACCUGCAGUCGACUGUGGUAUUUUGGACACAGUAAUUGCAGAAUAACUACAGUGUACUGCAGUUGAACUGCAGCUAUACUGCACUGUAACUGCAGUUAAACUACAAAAGUACUGCAGUAAAAAAAAACUGUGUUCUUUUGGACGCAGUAUUUGUAGCGCACUGCAGUUAUACUGCACUCUAACUGUGUGGGGACUGGCUAAAGAAGUAGGCCAAGCUAGCUAGCUAUAGUAUCUAGCGUUUCAUUGUAAUAUUAGCUAAUUAUCUGUUAAUGGCUUGUCUGAGUAAACUUGCCCUUACAAGAAAAGAUUGAAACUGCAGUAAAAGUACAGUAACUGCAGUCGACUGUGGUAUUUUGGACACAGUAUGUGCAGCAUACUGCAGUUAUACUGCACUCUGACUGCAAUCUUUUUUCGUAAGGGGUGGAAAACUACUGCACUACUGCAUUGGUUAUCUUGAACUUGUUACAGUUCAACUAUAAGUAAUUUUCCCCAUAAUAUACCUUUGGAAAAUCUUUACAUUUGUAUGAAGUUAGAGAACUGCAUCUUCAGGUAAGCCAUGCAGAGAUUCCCUAAAAACACCCACUUUGAUACAGCUCCAACUUUUUCGUAGCAGGUUAGGAUAAUUUAAGCAGCAGGUUAGGAGAAUUGAUGUAGCAGGUUAGGAGAAUUCCGUUAAGGUUAGGGUUAGUGAAAAUGCUUUCGUUUUUAGGGAUUCCCAAGCCGUGCCAUGCCAAGAAAGCUCACAGGUGAGGUGACCACCUGACCUCUCGCGACUCCCGCCAAUUAUCUGGAUCAUUGCAGUAUGCUGGAUACAGCCAGAGAUUUGGAUAUUGACGAGAUACAUAUGUCUCCGUCCCAACAAUGGAAUGGCGGGUUGUCAAGCUCCCACCUAUUCCUCUCUUUGGAUUGAUGGAUACAUCUAGUUAUUUGAAUGCAGUUUUGAAUAUUCGGUGAGGGGUAUUGAUGUCAACCGCCUGUGUUCAAUGGAGAGUGAGAGUCUAUGCUAGCUUCAUGAAUAUUACCGUCUCGAAUUUCAACAGGGACAACUCUGAUAUGAAGUGUUUUUCUCAAAGUUGCCAGGAUGUCACGUGAACCACACUUAUAUCAGUACACUCGUAACAACCUAAGCAUUAUGAAACUUCUAUUAGAUCAAAUAAGCCUCACGUAUAAAAAUAGCAAUUCAUGUUUAUCUUGACUAAAUUCAACACUCUUCAUUGCCGCCCAUAUAAAACUCCUCACCUGCUUAAUAAUUAAGAAUCUGCUUAACGUGGACAGAUUUUAUACAACGUGGUAUGCGUGCAACACAAGUUGCAACAAUGUUGCAACUUCUUGCAUUAAAUAAUUUAUGCUACAUUAUAAACAGUCACGGUAGGCUACAUUGCACACAGUAUAUGGUAUCCUACAAUAGUUUGGAAAGGACUGGUAAGUGUAGAAAUCUGCAGUAGGCCAGAGUCUUCCUGUCCUACAUGCAGCAGUAGACAGCUGUGGUAAAAAACACCACACUGGUUUUUUAAAAUGAUCUAGGUUUCUCUUCUCUCAAAUUAAUUAAUGAUCUUCCAUGUCUUCUCCCUAGCUUGCAAUUUCCUCUACCUGAGUGCUAUCCCCACUGAGAUGCUGACAGGGCCAUGUGCUGUACAAAAGGCUGUGUCCUCCACCUUCACGAUGGACUUGAGCACCAUCACACCCACCAUAGUCAACCUGAAGGUGUCACCCAAAGGUGUCACUUUGACAGACAUCCAGAGAAAGUAAGAAAAAAAGAAUAUUACAUUUUCUUUAGAGAAUUCAACAACUCGAAAGCUGAUGAUGGUAAUGACUUGUAAGACCUUUCUUGAUUAAAUGAAAUCUGAUGAAUGUGUGUGUUCCCAUCAGACUCUUCUUCCGACGUCAUUACCCUGCACACCUGCUCAGCUACAGUGGUGAAGAUCCAGACAAGAGACUGUGAGUUGAUUCUUUCAAAAGCGUGUGUUUAAGGGCCAUGAGUUUUCCCUGGUAAGGUUAUGUGGUCAGGAAAAACUCAGGGCCUACAAAUCAGAAAUAAAGUCCACUCUGAAUGUUCUGUUUCCCCUUCCAUUUUUAAACAUAGUUUUAAUCUCUAAAUUAUACCACUUUUAUCUUCACAGGUGGCACAAGAGUUCCAAACCAGCAAGGUAAUGUUUUUCAUUAUUCGAUCGCUUCAGCAUGCAUACAACCAUAUUGUAAUAGGUAUAAUUUUGUGAAUGAAAGCUAACAACAAUGUAGGCUAAUAUCCAACUUUGAUGAUUUUUUUCCCUCCAGGAUAUUUGGUAUAGUGGCAAAGGGCACUGAAGCUGGUAUGGAGAAUGUGUGCCACGUCUUCGCAGAAUACGACUCUCUCCAGCCCUGUAAUCCGACCAUUGAGUUGACACAGGGCAUCAUAUUCAAACCGUAA